GAGUGACCUGUGUUGACCCAAUCAUCCAAGCCACCAAUCAACUCGCAGCAUUUCGCUGCCACGUAAAUCUUGACUCAGGGUUGCCAAAAAGUAGAAAUUCGUCUGCAAGGCUGUCGUGCGUUUUUCUGUUCUCACACGUUCUCAAGUUUCUAAGGACUCAGAAUGUGCGGAAUUUUUGCAUACCUAAACUUUUGUGUGCCCAAAAAGCGGAAGGAGAUUUUGGACAAGCUAAUCAAGGGGCUUCAGAGACUGGAGUACAGAGGCUAUGAUUCCGCAGGGAUUGGUGUGGAUGGUGGAAAUGACAUUGAGAAGAAUGAGCAGUCAACAAUCCUAAUCAAGAAGAGAGGGAAGGUUAUCAAUCUGCAGGAAGAGAUUCAAGGAAGGGAGGAUCUGAACUUUGACCUGGAGUUUGAUUCCCACCUGGGCAUUGCACACACCCGCUGGGCUACCCAUGGUGUGCCAAACAACGUCAACAGUCACCCCCAACGCUCAGAUUCAAACAAUGAGUUUGUUGUUGUUCAUAAUGGUAUCAUCACCAACUACAAGGACAUCAAGAAGUUCUUGGUUGGGAAAGGCUUUGAGUUUGAGUCGGACACAGACACAGAAGUGAUUGCUAAGCUGGUGAAGUACAUGUACGACACAAGGGAGAAUGACAGCAUCUCCUUCAGGGAGCUGGUAGAGGGGACUGUACAGCAGUUGGAAGGUGCGUUUGCUGUUGUCUUCAAGAGUACCAAGUUUCCUGGACAGGCUGUUGCUUCAAGGAGAGGGAGCCCACUGUUGAUUGGUAUUGCCAGCAAGAGCAAACUGUCCACAGACCACAUCCCCAUUCUGUACAGCAAGGGCUGUCUAUCUGACUACUGCAGAAGUCACGUUAAGGACUUCACCUCAGAUGCAGGUGCUGGCAAGAAUGAGGGAGGUAGUACAGUGACAGGAAACAAUCAGGAUGCCCUGCACAAUGCCAACAGCACAUCCAGCUUCCAGCCUGCAAAUGGGGAUGGACAAGUGGAGUAUUUCUUUGCAUCAGAUGCCAGUGCCAUCAUCGAGCACACCAACCGUGUCAUCUUUAUGGAGGAUGAUGAUGUGGCUGCUGUUACAGAUGGAUGUCUGUCCCUGCACCGUAUCCGGCGCUCAGUAGACGAGUCCUCCACCAGGCAGGUGCAGACUCUUCAGAUGGAGAUCCAGCAGAUCAUGCGAGGUAACUACAGUACCUUCAUGCAAAAGGAAAUCUUUGAGCAGCCUGAGUCUGUUGUCAACACCAUGAGGGGAAGGAUCAACUUUGAUGACAACAAAGUUCACCUUGGUGGCCUGAAGCAGCACAUCAACGAACUGAAGCGCUGUCGCCGCCUGAUUUUCAUUGCGUGUGGAACAAGUUACCACUCAGCCAUGGCACGCGGCAGCUGAUGGAGGAGCUGACUGAGCUGCCUGUGAUGGUAGAGCUGGCCUCCGACUUCCUGGACAGGAAAACUCCCAUUUUCAGGGAUGAUGUUUGCUUCUUCAUCAGUCAGUCUGGUGAAACUGCGGACACCCUGAUGGCCCUGCGGUACUGUAAGGGACGUGGUGCGCUGACUGUUGGGAUCACUAACGUGGUGGGCAGCUCCAUCUCCAGGGAGACUGACUGUGGGGUACACAUCAAUGCUGGACCAGAGAUUGGUGUGGCUAGUACCAAGGCAUACACCAGCCAGUUCAUUGCUCUGGUGAUGUUUGGUUUGAUGAUGUGUGAAGACAGAAUAUCCAUGCAACAGAGAAGGGCGGACAUCAUUAAGGGUCUCAAGGACCUGCCAGAUAAGAUCAAGGAGGUAUUGAAGCUUGACGAGGAGGUCCACUCUCUGGCUCAGGAGCUGUACCAGCAGAAGUCAGUCCUCAUCAUGGGUCGUGGCUACAACUUUGCUACAUGCCUGGAGGGUGCUCUGAAAGUGAAGGAGUUGACGUACAUGCACUCGGAGGGUAUCCUGGCAGGGGAACUGAAGCAUGGACCGUUAGCACUGGUCGACAAAGCCAUGCCAAUCAUCAUGAUCAUCAUGAAGGAUGGAACAUACACAAAAUGCCAGAAUGCGCUGCAACAGGUCGUUGCAAGAAUGGGCCGGCCCAUUCUACUGUGUGAGCAGGGGGACACCUUGUCCCAGAAGGAAGCCCACCGUGUGAUGGAGCUGCCUGGGAUUGUGGACUGUCUGUCUGGACUCCUGACAGUUAUCCCUCUCCAACUGCUGUCCUUUCACAUUGCUGUGCUUAAGGGCUGUGAUGUUGACUGUCCCCGGAACUUGGCCAAGUCUGUAACAGUGGAGUAAAGAUACAAAACUGGCCCAGAAACCAGCCAAUUCAGAUUAUCCAGGAUUUGCAGAGCUCGGGCAGUGACUUUGAACAGAUUCCUGAAUAUCCAAUUAUCAACAUUUGAAUUAAGCUGCAGAAUAACCCCCUCCCAUGUCUGGAGUGUUAUCUUUGAUAGAACCAUCUGAAGAGAAAAUGUAGUUUUCCUAUGCUGCUAUAUGUUGGCUAUUCCUUACAAUGUUUCACCCACAAUGGGCUUUUCCUAUCUUUGCCCUCAAGCCAACAGAAAUAAAACAGUCCCAUGCAGCAAUGGAAUAUAGAAGGUAGAAGAGGUUUAUCAUAUUGACAGAUUUCAUGUGACUGUAAAUUGUCAUGAAGUGAACCACAUGCACAUUCUUGUGUGCAAGGUUGAUAUCAUGACAUUUUUAAGAUUGAAGAAUCUCCAACAAACAAUACACACUGUAUCUCCCUAAAUUCUACUUAUUACCUUCGCUAGUUACCUUGAAGUUCGCUAAAUGGUUAAGUUUUUGAUAGCGGUUGUGUUUUUGUGAGUCUUUGUGUGUUUUUAACAAGCAUAAUUAAACUCAAUGAAUGCCUGGAUGGAUUGUAUUGAUGUUUGGUAUGUGGGUCUUUCUGAAACCUUGAAAUGAUUAGAUUUUGGGCCCCUACUGGCUUGCUAUGGUACUGCAGCAGAAUUCUGGACAAGCUACAAUGUAUGUACGGUCAUGAUUUUUGAGUGGUAGAUAGCUCUUGGGGUAGAGAGUAAGUGGUGUAUGUUUGGGCUCCCUAGCGGCUUUAUUUGGAACUGCAGAAGCCGUUUUAGUUUAAGACUUUGAAGAAGAAUAACUCAAGAAGGGAUUAGCAGAUCAUCAUGAUUUUUAGGAUGCAGAUAGCUUAAGUGAUGCUUGAAUCUAAUCUAACUUGCAUAAUUAAUGAGAAUUUGUCUAAACCCGCUUUGUUCUAUUACAGGACUAUUGCAACAUGUGAUAUUUGUAUCUGAGAAAGAGAAGAAUGUUGAUAAAUACUAUGCCAAGUAAAGAGCUAAUUUGCAUAAUCAAUGAGAAAAUGAUGUAACCCCACUGUGACAAAUGACUAGAAUUUUUUACUUGCGGCAUUUGGAAGUUACAUUUGAAUGUACAGGUUUGUUUAACAUCAUUGAACAUGAGGACCUCAUUUGCAUAAUUACAAAAAAAUGGGAUGAAAGCCUUCUUUCUGAACAUAGAUUGUGUACGUCUGGUAUCUUGGGAAGAAGAUGACCAACUGAUAUGAUUUAUGCAAUGGACUUAUUUGCAUAAUUGAUGACAGCAGUUGUAAAGGUAAAAUCAUUUGGCAAAGGUGUGGGGUCAUGGAACUCUAGUUGAAGUGUUAUAUACAAGAACUCAGUUAUGAACUUUUAUGAAAAUCUAUCAAAACUGAAAUAUUUGUGAUAUCAAAAAUCAGUAUUUUGAGAGGGAAGAAUCAGCUGUGAUCUUAGAUGUGCAGGUCAGGUGUAGGGUUCUCCUUGCUCUGUUAUCUACCCACUUUCUGUUUAGGAUAUUUGAUGAAACUAUAGAUCUGUAACACAUUUUUACAUUGUCUUAAAGUUUGUAGAUUUCAUGGCACGAGGCAUACACACAGCUCUGAUCAGAGUUCUAUUGCCUUUAUCACCUAUUUUUCUUGCUUCUUAAACAUUCUUAUUUUCAAAAGGGUGUGGCCAGCAAGUUAAUGACCACAAUGAUCUCAGAUUCGUUUGAUAGCCAUAAAAGGCUACUUUAUAAUGCCACAAAUCUUUUGAGUGUGCCCAUUGUUUCUUUGUGAGAACAGAACUUAGUGAAGGCCCCUUGUAGAUGUACAUGUAUUUGAGUGAUGUUAACACAAUCUUACUAUAUAUAGACAAAUCAGAAAUACUGCAACUUUUGUAAGGUUUUCUAUAAUGUAACUACAAACAAAACUAGUGGAUACAAUCAGUUUAAUCUAUAAAUAGUAUUUGGAGAAUGUUUCUUUGAAAUUUAGAUCAAUUUUUAUGUUAGCUUUUAAUAUACAGGCUGGGCUCAUUAGAAUUUGCUGCAGAACAAUGUUUGCAGAAUCUCACAAGUACAUGUAGUGGUGAGAAUUUUUAAAGAAAUCGUUAAGUGUAGCCUAUCUCACACCAGAUUUAUUUGUUGGUUCUUAGAUUUUUUCAGAAAUAAAUUGGACCUGUGAAAAAAUGAUAAUAAUUUUUGUCAAAAGGUCUGAGGCGAAGAUAUAUUGCUUAGAUAACACAAAAAAACAACAGCCUAAGGAGUUUAAUGGCACAUUUUAUACAAUGAUGUUCUGAAUAAAAGGCAUUGUUGUUAGACUGAAAUUAUAUGUAUUUGGCUCCGAAUGGUACUACUAUUUGGAUUAUUGUAAUUCUUUUUUGAAAAUGGACGAGAACCAACAAAUAGAAUUGGUGUGGCCCUAUAUAGAAGUAAAUUGUUAAUCUCUAAAUUUGUUUUCAGAUGUUACAUUUUUGUAGCAGUUGUUUCCAAGAAGGCUGUAAGACCAAAACAAAAAUGAGAAUUAAUGUUUAAAGAAAGAAUCUUUUUAUGACUGUGGAGCUAAGGUUUGUAUAGAAUGAUAUACUUUAGAUACAUUUCUUUAAAACCUAUCACUGAAUGUGUACAACAAUCACUUACAGACACUAAGCUGCAUUUAGACUUUUUUGUGUUAUUGUAGUGUUUGCUUUUGUUAGCUUAGAAAUCCAGGUGCCUUUGACUAAUUCAAGAACAGCAAUGUAUCAAACUAGUUUUUAGGUGUCAAUGUUAAAAUGAACACCUUUUCUAUGUGGACAUGAUGUCUGAUUCUUGAUUCAUGGCUAAAAAGUGAUUUUUGGUAACGGAAAGUCUCAAUGAGAGUGCAAAUACUUCUAGAUAUUGAGGAUUUAAGAUGACCAGUUGUGCCAUGCAACUAUUUUUUGUUUGGCACAACUUAUGUUUCUGACUCAUAAAGUGCAGUAUGUUACCUAGUUUUGAUGUGGCACUGGAGACUAAGAGUUCUGCACCUAACGCUUUAUGCAUCAAGGAUCAAAAUCAACGCUGCAAUACUAAAUCAGGCUCAGCAUAAAGAAUGGAAUAAUGAGCUGUAAGUCUCUAUAAUGACUUUCUUUUGCAAUUUUCUUCCGUCGUUUUGUUAAAUUUAUCCACAUUCAUUGGUUUCCAGCUGUCCUAUGUUGCCUUUCCUCUGAGUCAAUGUUUUGAUCUGUUUUGCAUAUUUGAAUACCUACCUACCUACCUAGUCCCUUGACCUCCAGGUCGUUGCACAUUGAAUAUGUGCAUCAAAACAACCAGCAUGUUUAUGUAAUAACUCCCGUUGUUUCAGUUUUACCGUCAAUUAUGGAGGAAUGCAAUGCAUGAAAUAUGGCUUUUUUUUGCAAUUUGGAGGAUGUUUCCGUGUGUGAAUUGUUUGACCAUGAACGAUCUUAACACUUAUUCUAACUGAACUAACGAUAAGCAAUUAAGGUAUAAGAAUCCAUUAAGGCCUCACACCUUAUCAUGUGGCAACUUUAAAUACUCUUGGGCAACCUACAUGUAGUGUUUGGCUGAGGCUUGGGCAACCUACAUGUAGUGUUUGGCUGAGCCUUGGGCAACCUAUAUGUAGUAUUUGGCUGAGGUUGCCCACUCUGCAACCUGGUUAUUGAAAGUAUUUUGAAUCCUCUUUGAUAUGUCUCUUAUCUCCCAGCAGAUCCUACAGUGGCAUAGGUAUAGAUAGUUUUAUACAGCUGGCCCUACCAUAGGAUCUGCUUGGAGAUCAUUAUGUCUCCAGGACUGCAAUAAUAGCAAAUGUACUCGGCAAUGCAUCUAAUGACUGAUGUGGUGAUUUAUGAAUUUAUGUGUCUAGAAAGGUAGUUGUAGAAACAAUAUUCUACUCCAUCUAAUAAUCACACCCAUAGGAGACAUUAUCUGAAUUUAUAGAAAAGUACAUAUCACUGUUACAGGAUAUAUGGACUGUAUUCAUCAUAAGUAUGUGAAUAAAAUUCUGUAGAACAGUAUCAACAUA